AUGAAGUUGGUAUCUACUGAACUUACUGUUUUACUUCUCUUCAUUGUGACAAUUAUUAGUCAUACUGAGACAACAACUAAACGAACAACAUCUGCUCAAAAACUUGGUUUUCGUCGUUGUCAAAAACAAAAAAAUGGUCAACGUUUAUGCUUUUGCGGGAAAACUAACACAGUAUUUGACCGUUUGAAAGGAGAACGAUGCAUCAACGGACAAGUGAUUAAGAAAAUAAGUCAACAAAGUGACGUAUCAAAAUUUUCUGCUCUUCGGAUAACAAAAAAGCCUAUUCAUCGAUCUGCUCGUGAUGAUAGUAAAGAUGUUCCAUGCAUCAAACUUCUAUUCAAACCACCAUCGAGCUCGAUCAAUGAAGCAUAUGUACCACUUCGUAAUGUAUCAGUCGAAGCUUGGAUUGAUUCGUUUGCUGCUGAUGUCACAUUGACGCAAGUGUUUUUUAAUCAAGAAGAAGAUCCCAUCGAAGCAAUUUAUGUGUUUCCUAUUGAAGAAAAUGCUGCUGUUUAUUCUUUCAUGGCUCUAAUAGAUAAUCGAACAAUUACAGCUGUAUUAAAAGAAAAAACUAUCGCAGAACAAGAAUAUAAAUCAGCUGUUGAACAAGGGAAAACAGCAAUUUUAAUGGAACAAAGCAAACAAACUUAUGAUACAUUCACAGUUAAUGUUGGUGCAUUACCGCCUGGAAAAGAAUGUCGAAUCAUUAUUCGAUAUGUAACUGAACUAGAUUUAACUGAGGAAAAUUCGAUUCGAUUUGUUGUUCCUACUACCGUCGCCCCACGAUAUAAUCCGUCGUUAGGUCAUUUGCAAACACCUGACAGAACAGAUGCUCAAUAUGUUCAAAAGACUCCUUAUUCAAUGUCGUUUCAAGCACACGUUCUACGUGAUGAAGAAUACACAAUUAAACAAGUAGCCAAUCGUUCGCAUCCAGUAAAUAUUAGUAUGUCGCAUCAAUCAAUAGAUGUUUCUUUAAUGGCGAUUGCUCUUGAUCGUGAUAUUAUUCUGGAUAUUGAUCUACCCGAUAAUCGAUCACCAGCGCAUGUUACUAUGGACAAAUAUAAUGAUUCUUCAAAAUAUGCUAUUCUUCUAGCAUUCACUCCACGCCUUACUGAUUUUAUUAAAAUCUCUAAUGGAACAGAAGAAGCGAAUACAGAGUUUAUUUUCAUCGUGGAUUGCUCAGGCUCAAUGACAGCGGACAAUGGUAUUGGACUUGCAAAAGAGGCUAUGCUACUGUUUAUUCGUAGUUUACCAUUGGGCUCGCAUUUUAAUAUUAUUCGCUUUGGAUCAAACUUCGAUAUUCUCUUUGAUGGUGAAACAAUGACAACUGUUUAUAAUGAAAGUACUGCUAAAGUAGCUGAUAAUCUUACACGUUCCAUGGAAGCUAAUUUUGGUGGAACAGAAUUGUUGGAACCUUUGAAACAUUUAAAAGAUCAUCCGCCACUCAAAGGCCGAUCACGACAAAUCUUUCUACUGACUGAUGGAGAAAUUUCAAAUACUAACGAAGUGAUUGAAUUAUGUCGUUCCAUGUCGUCAACUACAAGAAUAUUUUCUUUUGGUCUUGGCCAUUCGCCAUCUCGUUCUCUAGUGAAAGGUCUUGCUCGUGCAACGAAUGGUUAUUUUGUUUUUGUUCCUCCAAAUUCAAAAGUAGACACAUAUGUUGGUAGUCAAUUUGGCCGAGCUCUUCAGCCAUCACUAGUUAAUGCUCGACUUCAAUGGCACGGGUUACCUACAAAUGGAUUACAAGCUCCUAAACAGAUUCCACCUCUCUAUAUCAACGAUCGUGUCUUAGUUUAUGAACUAAUAGAUGGUGGGGAAUGGACAAACCAAAAUAUUAGUGUAGAUCUUCUAGUUGAAGAGCAUAAAAUAGCUUCAAUCAAGUUAUCUGGUAGCACUGUACACAAUAGAGAUACAAUACGACGAUUAGCAGCUAAAGCACUGAUCCAAGAAUUACAACAUGAUAAAUACGCUGAAGAUGAAUCGCAAAACAACACGAUACUUGAACAACGCAUUACUAUGCUGUCAAUGAAUCAUCAAAUUUUAUCACCUUACACAGCAUUCGUCGGUGUAGAAAAUACCACUACAAAAUAUAAUAAUACUCAAUCAAAAAUUCGCCACAUACCUAUUCAGAUAUCGAAAGGUGAUGAACACUUAUUUCAUCCCCAAUCAGCAUCUUAUCAAAAUCAUUUCGCUGGCUGGUUGUCACCUGCAUCGUCAUCAGGUUUCGGAGCAAGGCCAAUGCCUGUGCCAAUGGCAAUGGGAGCAAGUGGGGCACAGUUUCGACCAAUGUUAGGACAAUCCAGCCAGCAGCAGCAAUUCAGAGUUGCACACUACCGCCCCCAGAUGAUGCACGACGCUCAUCCACAUGAUAUGAGUACUACUACGGCAUCAUUAUCUGCUGAUCCUGCUCGCUGGUUAAUUGAUCAACAAUCAUUCAAUGGAGCAUGGCUAUUAAACGAAAAAGAUAUUGAAACAUUGACCAAUGGCAAAUCAUUAAGUACAUUUCAUUCGAAUGUUACGAAAGCGAAAGAUGCUUUAACAACCGCAAUCGCCAUCGCUGUAUUAGAGCUAAAAUAUGCUGCUCAAAAGAACCUUUGGUAUGGAGUAGUGGAAAAAGGACGCAAGCAUUUGUCUACUUUUGGUCUAAGCAGUGAUCAAGCAAAUGCGCUUAUUAAUGAAAUAAAGAGCAAAUUAUGA